GGCCGAGGGAAGAGGCAGAGCCGCCGCGGCUUUAAAGCAAUUUACUUACACCUAGAGAAAUUUGAGACUGUGCUUGUUGAAUUCAAAGGAGACAAGUGUGACUUGAUGCUGCCGUGGUUCUGCUUUGUAAAAUUGCAUGUCAAGAGGUCGCCUUUACUUGGUUGAUACAAUAGGAGGAGAUCCAGAGACUCUGCAAGCAGAUGCUGAAACAUACUAUGAAAAACUCUUGAAGAAAUCAUUGUCCACUCCUGAUGUUUUUUCCAUCCCUGGAGGAGGAGAGGUUAAACUUGAAGAUUCCUGUGUGUGUUUUGUCCCUCUCUACCGAAAUAAUCCUUCUUGCAAACUGUUGCUGUUAACUGAUCCAAAGGAUAAAGAGACAGUUUUGGCAGUUUAUUUGAGCCAGCGCUGGUGGCCUGUGGAAGAUGUUGUGAAGACAGCAGAUCCUUCUAGAGAUGGGCUCCUUUUGGUCCAGACAUUUGGAGAAAGGAUUGUCCUCUUUGUUCUGAACUGCAUUAUUUUUGGAAUGCUGGAAGGGAGUUCAGCUAAUGAUGCAUUCUUUCUACCUCACUCUGCCACCGAGCGUGCCAAGAUACUCUGGAGAAACGGCGAGGCUGCUGCCUUUUACUCGGUCAAGAUGAAAGGGAGCCUGUGUGAUGGUGCAACCAGUCAGUGUUACCUGCUGCCAGUUUUGGAUACUAUAUUCGUCCAGAGAAAGUACAGAAGAGGUGGCCUAGGGAUGAAAAUGUUGCAUGAUUUCUGUCAGUCUUUCCUGGCUGAGGAUGCCUUGGGGAUCAGCUGCCCUAUUUCUGCUGCCAUGUAUCAAGUUUGCCAGAAAUUCCUGCAGGCUUAUCCAGAGGAGCAGAAGCGACUCUGGGAGGUGGAAGCACCAGGAGAUUGGAGCCAGCGAGUGAAUAUCUGGUUAAAAAUUCAGAUGGAGCCAUCCCCUUCAGGAAAGGCUGACGUGGGSUCUUGUAUGGAGAAGGCUCCACCCAGUAAACCCAGACAAUCAGAUAUGGACCAGAUGAAUAAGGGUGUUGAAUGCUUUCCUGGGGUUGAGAAAACAGCAGGAGAUGCCACAGAAGAAAAAGAUGACACAGCAGCAGCAGCAGCAGGAACUCCAAACUCACAAGGUUCUGAAGAGGAGGACUUGGAACAAGGUGCAGGCAAUGCUCAGCCACAUAAAGGACUCAGGAAAAGAGCAGGCCCUGGGGACUUAGUUGGAGACAAGGCCACCAAACAAUUUAAAACUACACCAUAAUUCCUGCUAUUUCAGAAAUCAGCAAAAUUCAGUCUUAAAAAUCKUAAUUGACUGUUCUUGAUUUGUAACACUGGACAAAUUUCUUCAGGUGAGCUGAAAUAUUUUUGCAGCACACAUUCUCCAUUUGAUGUUUCGUUUGAAAUAAAACUUGUUUACUAAAUGUGCUUUCCUUUUUCUUCUCCUCAAGUAAUUAAGUAGUAGCUGAGCCUAGUUACUUCCCUGCUCUGAAAAGAUUUUAUUGGAUUGCAUGAGGUGUCCAAAGGGGAAUAAUUGGAGGGCUUGUAGGUACUGAUGUAAGAAGAUAUUUCUAUGGAAACCACAUUCUGCAUUAUGGAAGAGAGAUACCACAACACACRUUGGUAUCAGAAUGACAGUUGUAACCUUCCUUUCAGAGCAAACAAUUGAUCUUGAAUUGCUUUCACUUGAGCUUUUCUAGCAGAAAAAUCUGCCUUAAACCCUGUGGUGGACAGGAUGGCAUACAAAGGCCAUUCAUGCAGAAAAAGUUUGGUGCAGGGAAGAAGAGUGAACAAGCUCCAGGCAUUAAACUGCUUUUCAAUUCAGGCACUGUGAUAAUUCUGUUUGCAAGCUCAGGGUGUAGAACUUCAUGUAGAUUCCAUAUUGCAUGUUUUAUUUCCUGUGAUGUGUUGCAUUUAAUUAACUUGGAAAUAUAAAAUAUUCCACUAGAUUACUCACGUUGUGGCAUGGUAAAGAAAUUUUGCUCUUUUAUCACACGCUGGUUCCCUGUUAGAAUAUUUUAGCUUUUUGUUAGUGGGGAAUUUCAAAACCCUGAAUGUUGUGUUAAUGAAUUACAGGUGAAACUCACUGGGAUCAUAUCCUUAGUCCAGUGGCAGAGAAAAGGCUUUGCAAAGAGYUGAACAGCAGGAGGGUCUUGAUAAUUCUGAGCAGAUCCAGCAGCCUGUAAUUCUKAAGUGGCUGCCUUGGACCAAGGAGGGGUAGUUGUUUCUUUCCAGAAGCUAAUCCAGCAUUUCCAAGGAGACAAUUCUGUGGGCAGGCAUUGUAGGUACACUGUGGGGAUGUAUAUUUUUCUCCCUGUACAGCAUAAUUGCUCACAUGUAGCCCCAUCACCCUGUUUUUGUUUAGGGUUGUGAUUUAACGUAGCAUUUAUUCACGUAUCCAAGUAACUCCUUCCCUGUUGAGCUGCUCUGUAAACCAUAUGCCUGAGCCACAGUGGAAUCAGACCUUCCUAAGCAUCUCUUGGRAAAAAAAAAAAWAAAAGAAAUGCUAUAAUUGGAAYUUACAAGUUUUUGCCAAGAGAAUUAAAACACUGGAUCGUGUGCCAGCCUUAAUCACGUUGCUAUGGUUCUCUUGUUGCAAAGAAAGUGCAUUUAGGACUAACUUUAUUGUCAGUUGAUCUUAAGGUUGUUGAAAAGUCAUCAAGAGUGUGUUGUGACUGCUAAAAAGUCUGUGUCCUCCUGUGCAGCAGCCUAUAUUGUUAAAUGUAUGGUUAAAUACAUACCUCUUUCUUAAAAAAAUAAAAUKUCAAUGCUUCACAAUACCAGUUGCUUUGAAAUAUGAUGGAAAAUUACUGUAGCUCUGUUGAUGAAGCUGGUUUUGGAGUUGCAGUAGCCUGGCAAACUGGCCUUAUGUCCAAUUUGCACAUUAUAUUAUAGUGGCAGAGUAAGGUAAACUGGGGUUAUUCCAGCAAGUGAGGAGCAUUAAGAAUUUUAAUUUGAAUUAGGUCUUUCAACAGGAUUUUGUCCAAGAAAAUCCCAGGAAACUCACUAUGAAUUUGUAUUAGAAUAAAGGGGAGGUAUAAGGYACUGUGUGGAAUGGGCAGAUGACUAAUUAAAUUAAAUUAAAUUCAUUCUGUAUGUGGGGACACUUUCAGUUAAAGGUUAAAACCAUCAAUUUUUUUAAAUCCCCAAAUUGAAUUUGCAUUUCACCUGUUAGCCAGUGAUGCACAGCUACAUUAACAAGCACUUUGCUGGCUGUUCUCACAGAAAAGUUGCUUCUUUCCUCUGUGURUGCAUCUCCUUCCUUGAUUUUGUUUAGGUUUUUGUUUUCUAAAUAUCUCCUUGUAUUUCUAAGUAUCAAAAAUUUCCAUGAUGACAACUUGGCAUCUCACAGAAAUUAGGAAAAGUGCAUUUUCUAAGGUUGUGGUGGUGGGUGCUUGUUACUCUCUAAUCAAAUCAAGAGAUCAUCCUCCUCAUUAAAACUUGUGACCAGAGCCAGGAAUUCUGAGGUCCUACUUAAUUGUACUAAACUCCAGGGCUGCAGGUUCCAGGAGGACAGAGGCUUGCUCCAUGUUGUUUCAGAAAUGCUGACUUASAGAACAAUUAGUCUGAAUAUUGAUUUUGUUUCCGUUUUUU